AGAGGCGGCGAGGGCGCGCGGACAACCUAUGCGGAGAAUUUCUUUGUUCUUUCUCUUGACAAUCUCGACAUUGGCAGCCCUGGAUAUUCCAGGAGCUUCGCGCUUUUACCGCGCGAGGCCUUCGGGAGCGAUCCGGAGUUUGGCUUGUCACUCCCUUGCACCACCUUGCACUCCCUCCCUGACUGCCUGACUCCCGUCCCGUGAAGUCCCGUCCCGUCGAAGAGGGCAGCCGGCAGAGGAGGAAGAGAGAAGAGAGAUAGAGAGGAGGAGAGGAAGAAGAAGAAACUCGGCCGGAGCCCGAAACAAAUCCGGCAAACUGCCUCUUUUCGCCAUGGAGCUGACGGAGUUAACGAAACACCUGGAUAAGAUCAAUGUCCCGCGUGCCGGCGACAGGAUAUACAAGGACGAGUGCGUUUACUCCUUCGACACGCCAGACACGGCUACCGGCCUCUACGUCAGUCUCACCACCUUCCUGGGCUUCGGACGGGAGCAUGUCACCCGGUAUUAUGAGAACACCGGCAAUCCUGUGUACCUUCAUAUUAAGCGUACUAAGAAGGAGAUUCCGUCUGAGGAGCAGGGAGAUGGACCUGAGAAGAAAAUCACGCGAUUGGCGAUAGGAACAGUUGGUGGAUUCAUGCCUGAUCAGCAGAAGUAUAUCUAUGAGGAGACCUACCAGAUAGUCAUUUUACCUGAUUUCCUUACUAUCGCUUAUCCCACGAGCGAUCUGCCCGAAAAGGUGGAACAGGCAGUUAAAACUGUAUUACAAAUGGAAGGCGCAUGGGCAGUGGCACAGGUAGAAGCCGUAGCUAACAUGUGGGACGGAGAAGUCAGGACGGAGUCAAAACACGCCGCGACUCUGAAACAGCUGGACAACGGUAAAAAAAUCCCGCCUAGUGGUUGGAAGUGCGAAAAAUGUGAUCUCACGCAGAAUCUCUGGCUUAAUCUGACCGACGGCAGCGUACUGUGCGGUCGCAAGUUUUACGACGGAAGUGGCGGCAACGGUCAUGCCGAGGAACACUACCGCGCAACCGGUUAUCCUCUAACCGUGAAACUAGGCACGAUCACGAAGGGCGGUAAGGCCGACGUGUUCUCGUACGACGAGGACGACAUGGUGGAUGAUCCAAAUCUGGCAGCGCAUCUAUCGCACUGGGGCAUCAACAUCUCACAGAUGGAGAAAACGGACAAGUCGAUGAUUGAACUGGAAUUGGAUCUUAAUCAAAAGUUCGGCGAAUGGGUCUCCCUUCAGGAAGCGGCCAGCAAAUUAACACCGUUGUACGGUCCCGGCUACACCGGACUGACCAAUCUGGGAAAUUCCUGUUACCUGAACAGCGUCAUGCAAAUGCUGUUCACUAUUCCUGAUUUCGUUAAAAGAUAUGUGGAGAAAGCGCCAAGAAUAUUCGCUAGUAAUUACAACGACCCGGCGUCGGACAUUAAUGUUCAAAUGGCGAAAUUGGGUAUCGGCUUACUCUCUGGUAAAUACUCGGAUCAACCGAGCAAAUCCGGCACGGACGACGAGUCGCGGCAAGGUAUUCCGCCACGGAUGUUUAAGGUCCUGAUCGGUCGCGGAAACGCUGAUUUCUUCUCAAAUCGACAACAAGAUGCUCAGGAAUUUCUUCUUUACCUGAUUAAUUUACUCAAUCGCAACAAUCGACACGAGGUGUGUCCCACGGAAUGUUUCAAAUUCAAAGUCGAGGAGAGAUACCAGUGUGGCAAAUCCAACAAAGUCAAGUACACCAGUCGGCCGGAAUACAUCCUGCCACUGCCGAUACCAUUGAACGCGGCUGUGAAUAAGGACGAGGUAGCUGCAUACGAGGCUCAGAAGAAGGAAGCCGAGGCGAAAGAGCAGAAGCUAGAUUCCAGUACUAUCGUGAGACCCCGUAUAAAAUUGUCGUCAUGCCUCGAAAGUUUCAGUCGCACGGAAAUUGUGGAACAGUUUUACAGUUCGGCAUUGAACGAGAAGACGAUAGCACACAAAACCACCAGACUGGCCAGCUUUCCGGAUUACUUGCUGAUCCAUCUAAAGAAGUUCACCAUGAAGGAAGACUGGACGUCCAUCAAGCUGGACGUAGCGGUAGAGAUGCCAGACACAGUGGAUCUGAGUUUUCUACGUGGAAACGGUUUGCAGCCCGGCGAGGAACUGUUGCCGGACGGUGUUAAACCACCGCCGCCUGUCUACGACACGGUUCUUCUGAAGGAAUUGACGGAUAUAGGCUUUUCACCAAACGCGUGCAAGCGAGCCCUGUACUUCACGGAGAACCGCAGCCUCGAGGCCGCGACCAAUUGGGUGAUGGAGCACAUCGCAGAUUCCGAUUUCGACGAGCCAUUCGUGCCACCAGGAGUCGACGUUAAGUCUGGCGAAGACAAGUUUGUGGCAGAUCGAGCUGCUUUGGAAAUGGUGAUGAGCAUGGGCUUUACGCGGGAGCAAGCAACGAAGGCACUCAAAGCGACCAACAAUAAUCUGGAGCGUGCGGCCGAUUGGAUUUUCAGUCACCAAGCCGAGCUCGACGCCCCGGAAACGGACGGUACCGCGGCGCCAACGAAGGAGUCAUUCAAAGACGGAAGCAGUCGAUACAAAUUAGUGGGCUUUAUAUCGCAUAUGGGCACAUCGACGAUGGUAGGCCAUUACGUUUGUCACUUGCUGAAGGAAGACCGAUGGGUGAUAUUUAAUGACGAAAAAGUCGCUUUAUCGGAAAAUCCGCCGAAAGAGUUAGGAUACAUCUACAUGUAUCAACGGAUUGACUAGUGUAACUGCUGUUUUGUAUAAAGAUGUUGCUUUUCAACAAUAAAAAAAUAAUACAAAUGGUUUUUAUAUUA